AUGAAACACUACAACUUUUUCGAGGGCACAUCAACGGGUUGCGAUACCAUCAUACGAAUGCUCAACGAAGAUGACAAAGAGCUCAAAGACGAAAUGACCAAAAAUUGGCGAAAUCACAAGCUAGAAGAGCUCAAUUUUGUAGGAACACUUCUAAAUCAUCUUCUUCCAAAGGGCGCCCUUCUUGCAAGCUGCCUAAGCUCAACGAGCUCAUGGCCAGACGUCCUUCCCAACGGAAAGUCAAAACCGUGGCUAGUACGAGGACUUUUAUAUAUUGGUCUAGUGCUCGCCCUCUUUUCAGUCGUCACUGCUGGAGUUCAGAGUAUGAGACUACAUCGAUUGUCGGCACACCCCGACGGUCUCGAGAAGAUACGAAACAGUCUAGGUCGAAGAAGACGAUCCGACAACAAAGCUCUACCCAGUUGGUUGCACGUUUAUGCAUGGGAGUUUAGCCUUGCUUUUCUGGUGUUGGCUGUCUUGUGUAUGGUUGUCGGCCUCACGAUUUUGAUAUGGGCUGCUGCUACGUAUGGUCCCUGGAAGCCUGAAGCUGCAGAGUGGUGGGAUGGGAAUUCCAAGCUUACUGAUAUUUCUGGCUUUUCACAAGAUGGCGGUGCUUUUUACCAUUAUUCUAGGGUUUGCAGUCGUAUUCCUGAUCUUAUCACAGGGCGCUCUGUCGAAAAGUAA